ACAAACUAAAACUUAGAUAUUUCAUCUAAGGAAGUCUACAUUUGUGUUGCUCCUCUUCUCAAAAGUCACACAAUAUGACGAUUGUGGAAAUGAGAGUGCACGUGGAUUGUCCAGGAUGCGAAAGCAAAAUAAGGAAGGCUCUCAAGAAGCUUGAUGGUGUUGAUAACAUUGACAAAGACAUGAACAUGCAAAAAGUGACAGUAACAGGAUGGGCAGAGCAGAAAAAAGUCCUCAAAACAGUGAGGAAAACUGGAAGGAAAGCUGAACUAUGGCCAUAUCCAUACAAUUCAGAAUACCAUAACUAUAUGCACCAUUAUUAUGACACAUUCUACAGCACGCCAGCCACUUACUUCGCACACCAGCCUUCUUCUUCCUACAACUACCGCGUGCACGGCUACAAUGGCCAUGCUCACGGUUACUAUGCAGAGCCACCUUACAAUACAAUCUUCGAUGAACGAACCAGACACAUGUUCAGUGAUGAUAAUGCCACUGCCUGUUCUAUAAUGUGAUUGAUCUGAUUCAAUUUGAUCUUUAGGUGGUUUGCAAUGCUCUAUUUGUUUCUAUUUUUUAGACUUGUUUUGGGGUUGGCUAAUCUUUUUCCUUUUAGCUCCGUUGAGGUUGAGAAUGUGGGGAAAACUAUGGAGCUUACGAUUGAAUCAAAGUUGUGUUCAUUUGCUUUAUGUUAUCCAUAUUUCAAUGUAUAUAUAUAGUUUGUUUAUUUUUC